AUGGCCUCGGACACGGCCUACAAAACGCAUGUAUGCAAGGGAAAUACUAUAAUAUGCCCGGAAUGUCACCUAGGAUUUAGUGGUUGGCCUAGCCUUCGAUGGCAUAUUAGAUAUAAGCAUUCGGUGGAUGAGGAUGUUCAGAGCCAGGAGAUGACGAAGGUGGCUACCAAAGAAACGCCCCUGGAUGGAGAUUGGGUUGGCACCAGUAAUAUAUUAGGUCAUCACGCAUCUUCAGACCAUUUUUCCAGUGUUCAGGAUGGCCCCAGCGACGCUUCAGCCUGGACUACGACAGCACGGAACAUAGUCCGACCAGUUGUUGGGAACCUCCUUGACCUUGAUGAUGAUGAGAUGAAUGACGCAGGGGGCCAAACAAAGAUCGCAACUGAUAAUUUCAAAGCUUUCGUUAUACGUCGCCGCCCUGCUCAGGCUCUCCUAGAUACGAAACCAAGCCGGGCUCUACCAGAAAAAAGGGGAUCCCGGAGGUGCAGUACUUCGGAGUCUAUGUCAGCGAGUAGCCUGACUCAGUCAUCCGGGAGAGAACACUUGUGUAGUCCUGCUAGUUUAACGUCUACGCCGACAACAGGCCAUAGAAUCAUCUGUUUUCAGUGUGAAGCAGGCUUCGAUACAAUAAUUGGCCUCCAGCAUCAUCAGAUGAUGGAAGGUCACAAUUAUUGUAGUCUAUGUUGUGCCUAUUUCGCGGAUGAGAGGUUCCUGGAUAAACAUAUGAAGAUGGCACAUAAUUUCAGGUGUCCCACAUGUGAUAUAGCCCUCAGCAGCCCCAGUGAACUAUUGAGUCACCAGGAAGAGACAGAGCACAGUUUCUGCGGUACAUGCUGCUGCUACUUCCAAGCUGAAAGCAUCCAAAGGAAGCAUAACCGCAUGUAUCAUAUGCGUAUGUCGUGUCCAACCUGCCAGGAGGUGUUUCCAACUCAGCAAGAAUUGGAGCAACAUCAGCGAGCGACCCAACAUAGCUACUGUGGCCAGUGUGAUGAGGUCCUGGGUAGCCAGGCCAACUUCGAGGCGCAUGUGGCAACGUCACAUAUUCACAAGUGCACAGCAAGGGGGUGUCUCUUUGCGGCGGCAAAGCUGAAAAUCCUGAAAGAUCACCAGGAGCGGGAGAGACAUAAUUUCUGUUCGCCAUGCAAUCGUGCCUUUGCCGAUGCCCUUGCGCUUGCUAACCAUACCAAGUCUGAGAAACAUCUGAAGAGGGCACGUAUUGAGCAGGGCGAAGGUAGCCAGACAUAA